ACCGCGACUCGGUCACUGCCGUGGCGUUUGGGAACUCAGGGAGCCCGCCUCUGCUCUGCUCUGCAUCACGAGACCGUGUCAUGACGUGGAGGCUGGACGAGUGCAGAGAGCAAGCACUUCGAGGGGUGGGUCCGUGCGGCGCUGUCCUGGGUACCCCACUGGGAAAGGUGCUGUGUGUGAGGUGCCGUCCAGACGACCGGGCGGUCGCGGUUUGCGCCGGCAACCAGGUCCUCCUGCUGGACAUCCAGGCCCGGUCCGUGCUGGCCCGGCUGCAGGGGCACCAGGGCCCCGUGACCGCGGCAGAGUUCUGUCCCUGGCAGCCGGACGUCGUCAUCUCCGUGUCGGAGGACAGGUGCUUCAAGGUCUGGGACUGCCGCGCGGGAUCCCUGCUGCACAGCUCGCCAGUGCUCACAGCCGCCCCUCUCCUGAGCCUCGCAGUGGACGAGGAGAGCCAGCAGCUGGCCGCCGGGUGUGCCGAGGGCCAGCUUUAUGUCUGCAGUUUGGUGGAAAGCCACUGUUACCGGUGUGUGACGCGCAUCGACCUGAGGAAAAAGGUGGAGAGCUUCCGCGCCAGGACAGUCGGGCCCAGGCCGUGCGGCCGGCCAGGGCCUCUGUUCCUAGAGGGCAGCGAGUUCCCCUCCACGAACGCACCAGGGAGAGGGGACGUGGUCGACGCGACGCUCCCCGUGCUGGGCCUGGCGCGGGUCCGCGGUCCUGGCCGGGGCCUCCCCUCCGCGGAGAAGGCCAGCUGCCUGUGGAUCGGGAGCUCCACCGGCUGUUUUGUGCUGAACUUGGCGAGCUUUGAACUGGAGGCCGCCUUGCGUUACGAGGAUUUUAGGAGCCUCAGCAUUCAGGUUGCCGGGUCCUGUGCCGUGACGAGCAGCGGCGAUAAGGCCUUCUGUUUACUCGCCUCUAUGUUUGGGGCUGAGAUCGUGCUGUUGGAGGUCGACCUGGCCGCUCUCGUGAGGUCUCAGCAGCGCCCCCUCCUGGGGACGCCUCUCUCAGUGCUGCCCAGCUCCUGUGUCUCACCCACCUCUCCUCUGUGUCCCGGGACUGCUGCGGAGCGACGGGCCGGGCAGGGCGGCCACAAACGCACCGCUGCUCGGGGUGCCGUGCGGGACCAGCCCCUGGUUUUCCACAGCUCGGUCCGGUCGUCCGGCUACACGGCCGCCCCGCAUGCCGCCACGUUCUCACGGAAGACCACAGUCAAGGGUGACCGGGACAGGUCUUCAGGGCGCAGGACCAGGCACCGACGCGAGGAGUACCCUUUGGAGAAGCCCGUGCCGACCGCGCUCCGCAGGCAGCUUGCUGUCCUCCAGGGCCCGGCUGCCGUGUGCUGCAUCCAGUUCUCAGGAGAUGGGCAGCGGCUGGCCUGUGGCCUAGCCAACCACUUGUUGCUGGUCUCUGAUGCCGAUCUCACUGGGACACCUGCUGUUUUCUCAGGUCACGACGGGGCCGUGAGCACCCUGGGCUGGAGCCACAAUGGCCGAUGGCUGCUGUCUGCCUCCCAGGACAGGACGCUGAGGCUGUGGUCCGCGCGCAGCAGGGAGGCUGUCCUGUGCCUGGGCAAGGACGUGCUGGCACGGCCCGUGCGUGCUGCCCAGUUCUACUAUCUGGACGCCUUCCUGCUGCUGUCCUCGGGCCCCGAGCUGCUGCUGCUCAAGUACCAUGUGGACACUCACAAAGAUGAGCUGAAAAGGUACAAACAGCGGAGCCGAUGCAGCCCUGUCUGCAGGCUCCCCAUGGCGGGCGCUGCGGAGAUCACCUGCCUGUCCGCCGUCAACGAGUUCUACUCCUACCUCGUGCUGGCCGCGGGCCGGAACCGGGCCCUGGAAGUCUUCGACCUCAACGCCGGCCGCAGCGUGGCCGUGGUCGCAGGAGCCCACGCACGGCCUGUGCACCAGAUCUGCCAGAACAAGGGAUCAUCCUUCGCGACCCAACAGCCCGAGGCCUAUAAUCUCUUUGCCACGACAGCCGUAGGUGACGGGGUCCGACUCUGGGACCUGAGGACCCUGAGGUGUGAGCGCCGAUUCGAAGGCCACCCCAGCCGCAGCUACCCGUGUGGCAUGGCCUUCAGCCCGUGUGGGCGGUUCCUGGCCAGCGGGGCCGAGGACAGACACGCGUACGUGUACGAAAUGGGCUCCAGCACCUUCUCCCACAGACUGUCAGGACACACGGACACCGUCACCGCGGUGGCCUUCAGCCCGUCUGCCCCCCAGACGAGAUACUUGGAGCUGGUGACGGUCACUCACACGUCCACGCAGGUUUUCAGUGGGGUCGGCACCUGUUUGAGAGCUGGAUGCAGGACUUGGUGAAGACCCCGCCUCGGGCUGGCAGAAGCACACUCACAGCCUCUGCUCCUGGGAGGGAAC